UAUCUCUGUUAGUGUGUUGUGCGUGUGUAUAUAUACUUUGGCAGUCGGAUUACAGCUUCAGUUCCCAAACGCCUCAACUGGAGUAAAGGUGUGGAGGUAUCUACAUUUUGUGACUUCACCCGUUCCCAUUUAAGUGCACAAAGGAGUUUGUUUAUACAGAAAACAAACCUAGGACAGAUAUCAUAGAUAUGGGAAUGCAGAUGAAGCCGAUUUUCUUGGGUGUAGCGUUCGCAGCUGUAGCUUGCACGACCAUCAUCGCUCUAAUUCUGUCUCUUGUUAAUCGUAAGACGUUGGAUCAGCAGUACUCAACACAGUAUGGGAUUGUGUUUGAUGCCGGCUCCAGUCACACAGCCCUUUUCCUGUACCAGUGGCCGGGGAACAAAGAUAACAGCACAGGAAUAGUUUCUCAAAAGCUGAGCUGUGAUGUAGACGGUGGCGGCAUAUCCAGUUAUGUCCAGAAUCCUCCUGCGGCCGGAGAAAGUCUUAAGAAAUGCUUAGAUGUUGCCAAAGCCGCUAUACCAGCAGAAGUGCAGAAGGCCACACCUGUAUAUCUUGGUGCCACUGCCGGCAUGCGACUUCUCAACUUACAAAACCAGAGUCAGGCCGACUCCAUCCUUGCAGAGGUCACCAAAACAAUCCAAAGUUAUUCUUUUGAUUUCCGAGGGGCCAGAAUACUCAAUGGGAUGGAGGAGGGGGCUUUUGGCUGGAUAACCAUCAACUACCUCUUAGAGAGAUUUAUCAAGCACACAUUUGAGGGAAACUGGGUCCACCCCAAUGCGGCUCAAAUCAUUGGCGCUCUCGAUCUGGGUGGUGCAUCGACUCAAAUCUCAUUCAUCCCAAAUAACUCAGUGAAAGUCCCAGAAUCAGCAUAUAAUCUGCAGCUGUACGGGUACAAGUAUGAGGUGUACACACACAGUUAUCUGUGCUAUGGUCAAGACCAGGCUCUGAGGAAACUUCAAGUCUAUCUACACAAGACUGCUGGUUCAUCAUCUGUCAGUCACCCAUGCUAUCAUACAGGAUAUAACCUCAGUGUAACUCAGGCUGACCUAUACAACUCCCCAUGUGUGGACAAACCAGACAAUUAUGUCCCUACGGCUGUUAUCACUUUAUCAGGGACCGGUAAUUCCACCCUCUGUCUUUCUCUAAUGGAAAAUAUUAUAAAUGUGUCCGACUGCGCAUUUUCUCCAGAUUGUGGCUUUAAUGGUGUUUAUCAGCCUCCCGUCAAUGGGGAAUUCUUUGCUUUUUCUGCAUACUUUUACACCUUUGAAUUUCUCGGCCUUAUCCCGAAAGCUCCGCUGAGUCAGGUUCUUUCCAGUAUAGACACUCACUGCGGCAAACCCUGGAACACUCUUUCUGGUCAAUAUCCAACCAUUAAGCCAAAAUAUCUGAAAGACUACUGUGCUUCUGGUCAUUAUAUAAUGACUAUUCUCCUGAAAGGAUACAAGUUCAAUAACACUUGGGAUAAAAUCUCCUUUGUAAAACAGGUGGCAGACACAGAAAUUGGUUGGACAUUGGGCUACAUGCUAAACCUUACCAACCUGAUUCCUUCUGAACUUCCCAAAGCAGCGACAGGGGUGCCACACAGUCAAUGGAUCGCUCAGAUUUUCUUCAUCGUAUUGGCCCUCUUCAUCAGUCUACUUAUUAUCAUUUUCAUGUUUGUUAACAAUUCAAAGCACUAAGUCGUGUGUGUCAUGGGUGCGUGCAAUAAUAUUUGUGACCCUGUUUGUGGCAACACAGCUAAAGUCAUUGUUGUGAUUUACAUAAAAUUUUCCUUCAAAAGAACAUUCUGUUAAAAUAUAAUGUUAAUAUCUUUACCAUUGACUGAGUAAGGUCAUGUCAAAAAUUCAAAUUAAAGUGUUUGAAAUCAAACUCUGAUGCUCCUCAUCUCAUAAUUAGAUUAUGAGACUUUUACCUAAAUUUGACAGACAGGGUCACAUUUAUCAUGUUACAGACAUGACCUCUUUUACAAAACCAACUCUUUUGACUGCAGAAUGAUGUUAGUUUCUCUGCACAAAGAAGAAAAGACCUCACAAACAGCUAAAUAUUGUUGCUGUAGAUCUUGGAUGAAUUAAUGAUACGUGUUUGUUGUAAAAAAAUGCCUUAAAUUUUUUAAUUUAUUCAAAUUGACUGUGUGAAUUCUAUGUUGGGUUAUUUUCAACCCAGAAUUGGGCCAAAAAGGGACAAACCCAGCUGUUGGGUUAAUUUAACUGUGAAAUGUUUAUAUUUGACCCAACAAUGGGUUAAAACCCCCCAGUAUGGGUUAAAUUACAAUCAACCUUUGUACAACACACUUUACCUUAUAAGAUUAAGUUGAGCAAUUUCAACUUGUUUUUACGAGUGGCUGUAACUACUUAAACAAGUUGAAAUAGCUAAACCUAAUUUGAUAAGUACAUUUAAAUAAGUAAAUAUGACUUACACAGUCGAUUUAAAUAAACAAUUUUUUUUGUUGUUGUUUCUUUGGUUUACUAAGAUUAGCCUAAAAUGUGACUCCUGUGAUAGGAUUAAGUUAACUUGGGUUAAGGUGGUUAUUUAUGUAUUGUCUUUGUUUGGAUGUUUGACCAGUUAUCCCUCAAUGAUCUAUUCUGUACUUGCUUAUGUGACGUCAUGAAUUAAAAUCUUGUUUUUAUAAACUCA